AUGCCUGUGAAUCCCUCACAGAGUUUGAGGGAUUCUUAUUGUUAUGUUUAUAGCUGCGAAUUAGAUGCCGAAGUGGAGCUGAAAAUUUGCGACUUUGAAGGAUACUAUCGGGAUCCUCUUAACCCUACCAGAAAAUUAAACCAAAUUUUUGUUCAAGUUGAGCUAUUCUGCAAUCAGAAACCUGUUGGUUUUCCCGUGAGUACUUCCUACCAACAAUCCUCAAGCAGCCAGUUACUCCCCCAUUUGAAACAAAACUUUUCGGAAUGGCUUACUUUACCUGCAAGGUACUCUGCUUUAUCUCGGGAUGCAUUCGUGCAUUUUACAAUCUGGGAUAUUGACUUGGAGGAUAAUACUCCUUUUCUAUCAGUUGAACGUAACCGUGACAAUAUAUCAAAAGGACAUACGUCUUUUCCUAAAAGACUCAUUGCUCAAGCAUCGAUGCCUCUUUUCAACAACAUGGGGGUUUAUCAGUCUGGAAUCGUAGAUGUUCAGUUGAGUCAAUCAAACAAAAGUGAGCCUUUAAUGAAACCGAACGAUUCUUGGAAAUACAGUUCUGAAGCUGGUUUCCAACAUUUCCAUGAAAUUCUUCAGAGAAAGGUUUCAAUUCUUCGUACUGAUACGGAUUACUGGUUGAACAAGUUCAGUGCAGAGACUAUCGAGAAGAAUCAGAGCAAACUCAAGUCAGACUCAAAAUCCCUGUUCUUAGUUGUGAGCAUGGCCAAUUGUGUUUUUGAUCUGCAGCGGUUUGAUAUUGUAUACUAUGAGAGAGAGAACUCAACGAAACUCUCUUCGUAUCGCAAUCCUGCUGAUCCUGAAUUGGGGGUUGGCUUUGAAAAUCUUUGUGAAGCUCAACACUACCUCAUGACAAGGCACGCUAGAGCUGGACGAAUGGAUAAACAGCUUAAGCCUAAUAAAGCAGCGAAGGAUAAAUUAGAUCAUAUAAUGAAGCUACCUUCAACUCAACCUCUAACAAGAGAGCAGAUGGAUUUCGUAUGGAAAUUCCGCUAUCAUCUGCAAUCUUAUCCAUGCGCGUUGAACAAGUUCCUUCACUCAGUUGACUGGAAACGCCCUGGGGAAGUUGAGAACGCCGUUUCUCUCUUGAAAUCAUGGGCGCCCAUAGAGGCUGAGGAUGCUCUGGAACUAUUGUCUAUUAAUUUCACGCACAAGAGUGUUCGAUCCUAUGCAGUUUCCCGUCUUGAUCAGGGAGCAACCUCUGAGCAAAUACUUCUGUAUCUCCCUCAGUUAGUUCAAGCGAUGAAAUACGAACAGUAUCCUCAAAGAAAUAUUAUAGAAGAUGAAACCGCAGUCUCAAUUGAUGCUGUUGAAGUUUUGGAAAAAAUUGACGAAGAUGAGAUAACUUCUCCGGAAACAGACAAUCUCGCAUACUUCUUGAUGAAGUCUGCAGUUAACAAUCAUAAGAUUGCUAAUUUCCUCUACUGGUAUCUCAAAGUAGAAGAAGAAGCAACUAAAGAUUCCGAUUCCAACAUUUCACAGAUGUAUAACAGACUAUCGCAACGAUUACUUGAGGAGUUGGAUAAGAAGGAAACCAAGGAAUUAAGCCUCAGUCUGAAAGCUCAACAGCACUUUGUUGAUGACCUUAUUGUUAUUACGGAGGAGGCGAAGAAAAGAUCAGGCCGGAGAGAUAUUCGAGAAUCCUCUCUGCGGACUUUAUUGAGCCAAGCAAAUCAUUUAACCAAACUGAAUAAUUUGAUUUUGCCAUUAGACCCUACAGUGAAAUUGAUCGGAGUUCUACCGGAUUCAGCACAACUCUUCAAAAGUGCUAUGGUUCCAGUUAAGUUGACGUUCAAAACAACAGACGCCACAGGUGGAAGACCUCAGGAAUAUACCCUAAUUUUCAAGCAGGGUGACGACCUUAGGCAAGAUCAGUUGAUUAUACAAAUGAUUCGUUUGAUGGAUUUGCUUUUCAAAAAGUACAAUUUAGAUUUGAAGCUGACUCCUUAUGCGGUUUUGUCCACUGGAUUGAAACAUGGUCUAGUUCAGUUCGUUAAAGGAAGGACGUUGCGCGAGAUUAUAAAAAAAUAUGAAGAGCACAAAGAACAAAGUAUCAAAGAAGCAAUGAAAGAGUACAGGCCCGACGCCAAAAGUCCUUUGGGUAUCGAGUCCACUGUAGUGGACAAUUACGUACGUUCUUUAGCGGGAUACUCCAUCGUUUGUUAUGUGUUAGGAAUAGGUGAUCGACAUUUAGAUAAUAUACUUCUUUGUGAGAAUGGAAAACUAUUCCACAUUGAUUUUGGAUUUAUUCUUGGUCGAGAUCCCAAACCUCUUCCUCCUCCUAUGAAGCUCACAACGGAAAUGAUGAAUCCAUUGGGUGGAAUUCAGAGUAAACAAUUCCAAGAUUUUUAUAUGUAUUGUGAUACUGCUUAUGCAAUACUCAGGAAACAUUCUAAGGUUCUGCUCAACCUCUUCUCGCUGAUGAUCGAUGCUGGCAUUCCUGAUAUCGCUGUGGAAAAAGAAAAAGCAGUUUUCAAAAUCGAACAACGAUUGAAGCUUGAGAUGUCCGAUGAAGAAGCUACUGGUCAUUUGACUAGGGUCAUCGAUAGCAGUAUUAGUGCGAAGCUGCACAUAGUGUCAGACGUCAUCCACGAUUGGAAACAGCAUUGGGCUUGGUGA